AGGCCGCCACCUCGCGGCGCCCGCGCUGUCGCCAUGGCAACGCCUCCGCUCGCGGACCAGGUCGCCGUCCUCUCGCGAGAAGGGCGGCCGCCGGAAGUGGGGGGGCGACCCGGAAGCUGCCUCCCCGCAGAGCUGGUCGGUGCGAUCGACGCCGCCCGAAGUUCCCGUCCGUCCGCCUGUGCGAGGGCUGCCGCUUCGGGACCGGCCAUGGACGAUACCCUGUUCCAAUUGAAGUUCACGGCGAAGCAGCUGGAGAAGCUGGCCAAGAAGGCGGAGAAAGACUCGAAAGCAGAGCAGGCCAAGGUGAAGAAGGCCCUUCAGCAGAAGAAUGUGGAGUGUGCCCGCGUGUAUGCUGAAAAUGCCAUCCGCAAGAAGAAUGAAGGCGUGAGCUGGCUGCGCAUGGCGUCCCGGGUGGACGCGGUGGCCUCCAAGGUGCAGACGGCCAUGACCAUGAAGGGGGUGACCAAGAACAUGGCACAGGUGACCAAGGCGCUGGACAGGGCGCUGGGCAGCAUGGACUUGCAGAAGGUGUCCGCGGUGGUAGACAGGUUUGAGCAGCAGACACAGAGCCUGGACGUGCACACGUCGGUGAUGGAGGACUCCAUGAGCUCGGCCACCACGCUGAGCACGCCGCAGGAGCAGGUGGACAGUCUCAUCGUGCAGAUCGCCGAGGAGAACGGCCUAGAGGUCCUGGACCAGCUCAGCCAGCUUCCCGAGGGCGCCUCCGCGCUGGGCGAGAGCUCUGUGCACAGCCAGGAAGAUCAGCUGUCCCGCAGGUUGGCUGCCCUGAGGAACUAGUGGCCACCGCAGCGUGCCACCUCUCCCUGGGUGCGGGGAGCACCGUGAGGACAGGCCCGAGCCCCCCGCCACACACUGCGUCUUGCCUUUCUGCUGACUCUGCAGCGGCAGCUGUCACCCUCACUGCUCACCCCUCACUUGCCAGCCUGGGAACCGUCCUGUUCUCUUCGGCUGGGUGGUGCAUCUCUGUCUUGGUGGGUGAGUUUGCAGAAACUUCUGACUUUUGUGAGUAAUUUCUGUAACUCUGGGCCAACCAGCUGGAGGACCUGCAGCACCUGCAGCUCCCUUCUGUUCCCCUGUCCCUCCAGGGGUUGCCUGAGACUGGCCAUUAGACGCCGUGUGAUGGCAGUCAGCCGUGUGAGGGGGAUUUGGGGCCCCUGGUGCCAGACAGCAGCGGGCAGGGUCUCCAUACCCCAUGGACAGAUGCAGCCCCAGGACGUAUGGAGGACAUCCUCCAGAGCCACCCAGCAAAUACUCCCCCUGUGGCCCUUGCGGAACGUCCUGGGGGCAGAGUCUUGGUCCCUCCAACCUGGACCUGCACUCCUGCCAGCUUGCUGAGCCCCACGGGGGUGCCCACUCUGUGGGGCUAUGUCCUCGCUCCACUGCCAACUCCGGAGGGUUCCUGGGUGUGUGCUGUGUGACCUCUCGGAACCCAGUCUGUGCCAAGCCCCAUCCAGCUACAGAGCAGGCAGCCUCACGGUCCUCGGGUUCCCUGUGUCACUGUCUCCUGGCACUGUAAUUAUGGGGGGCGUCCCCGGACUGGCUUCUACUGCCUUGUGUGCUCACACCGUUGACCUCGGAAGCCAAGUUGGCUGCCGGAAGCUCAGGAGAGCUGCCGUCGACGGGGCCAGCAGUGGCCGUGCGUCCGGGAGAGAGCAGCAGGUGCAUCCUGACGACCUGGGACGGCUGAGGGACAGGUUGCAGUUUCUAUUUCUAAUUUCUGAUGUUUACUUUGUUUUCAUGAAGCUGUUUUGGUUUUUGUUUUGAGGGUUUGGGGUUGGGUUUUUUUUUUGACAAAAUAGGAGCAGAUGGCAGGUGGGGAGCGUUGGGUCUGAGCCCCGUCUUGGGUAUGAGCUGGUGGGAGCUGCACAUGGUGGUACUGACCAGGCCCGCUCCGUGCACUGCUGCCCACGCUGACCAGCCCUUCCCAGGCUCCUGCUGUUCCAUCUGUCCUCAGAGCGAUGGUUCUUGUGAACAGAGCGUUGGACACCUUACGUGGACUUCUGCGUUUGGUUCUUCCUGGACUUGGGAGCCAGGGGUGUCCUGUGUGAUAAGCUGUGGGGGGUGGGAGCCUUGGCGGGAGUGGGGCUGGGGCGCUCUGUGGCCUUAACUCCCUGACUGGGACCCUCGGGGCGUCCACAUACUGGGGGUUGGUGUCCUGGUCGCUGGUGGGGGGUUAGGGCAGGCUGCUG